CGGGUCUGCGAGCGUCGGCGCUAGGACCCGGCGGGCCGGAGCUGCGGCGGGGCCUGGGCGGCCGGAGCAGCGCGGACCCCGGUUCUCGGCUCCCGGCGCCAUGUGACGGGGUGCGGGGGCCGCGGGGGGCCGGGCGCUCCCCGGCGGGAGAUGAGGCAACUGAGGCUCAGAGAGGUCACAUGGCUUGCUCGAGGCCCCCCAGCCAGUAAGUGUGGACCCGACAUUCGCACUGGCACCUGAUAUGCUGUUCUGACCAUGGCGUUCUCAGAGCAGGACCGUGACGGGGCUGACCAGGGGGACCGUAGUCCUCCUGGCUGAGGGCACUGCUCAGGCAAAGAUCACAUUAGCCAAUGACCGAAUUCACUGAGCCCUGGGUUCAGAGGUCUGUGAGGAGGGAGUCAGGACCCAGGAAACUUUUGGAUCGUCCCUGCUUGAAGUAUGAGUGAGAACCAGGACAAAACAGAAGCGGCCCCGAGCCUUAAACUUUGGAGAGCCGUCGCGUAGAGGCGUGACCUGAGAUCCAGCCGCAUCCAGGGGAGGGCCUCCGGCCAUAACCCUUUCUGGUGGCUUGCAGGUGUGACCCCACAACCUUGCCCCCCGGGCCACCUGCAGGACGCUGGCCUCUACCCUUCAGCAGACGCCGGAGAGAGAUGAGUAGCAACAAAGUGUGUGGAGCCAGUUGCACACUGACAACUUACGAAGACAUGAACUUGCAUUUGGAUGUCCCUCUCCCGGCCUGGACCUAGGCAUCCCCUAGGGAACCUCAUCACCCAAUUCAGUCCAGCAAAGCCUCUCCAAACACUCGUUUCCUGUACCCUAUAGCCCAGGCUAGCAUUAAACUUGCAGCAAUCCUCAGGCCUCAGCCUCCAGAGCCCUGGGGAUGGAGCAGCGGUCAGCAGUGUUUGUGAUCCUCUUUGCCCUCAUCACCAUCCUCAUCCUCUACAGCUCCAACAGUGCCAACGAGGUCUUCCAUUACGGCUCCCUGCGGGGCCGCACGCGGCGGCCCGUCAACCUCAAGAAGUGGAGUUUCUCCAGCGCCUACUUCCCUAUCCUCGGCAACAAGACGCUGCCGUCCCGGUGCAACCAGUGUGUGAUCAUCACCAGCUCCAGCCACCUGCUGGGCACCAGACUGGGCCCUGAGAUCGAGCGGGCCGAGUGCACCAUCCGCAUGAACGAUGCUCCGACCACCGGCUACUCGGCCGACGUGGGCAACAAAACCACCUUCCGCGUAGUGGCCCACUCCAGUGUGUUCCGCGUGCUGCGGAAGCCCCAGGAAUUUGUCAACCGCACCCCUGAGACUGUAUUCAUCUUCUGGGGGCCUCCAAACAAGAUGCAGAAGCCCCAGGGCAGCCUCCUGCGCGUCAUCCAGAGGGCGGGCCUCGCGUUCCCUCACAUGGAGGCCUACGCCGUCUCUCCCGCCCGCAUGCAGCAGUUUGACGACCUCUUCCGGGGUGAGACGGGCAAGGACAGGGAAAAGUCGCAUUCCUGGUUGAGCACAGGCUGGUUUACCAUGGUGAUUGCGGUGGAAUUGUGUGACCAUGUACACGUGUAUGGCAUGGUCCCUCCCGACUACUGCAGCGGCCCCGCCUGCAGCGGAUGCCAUACCACUACUAUGAACCCAAGGGGCCGGACGAGUGUGUCACCUACAUCCAGAAUGAGCACAGUCGCAAGGGCAAUCACCACCGCUUCAUCACCGAAAAGAGGGUCUUCUCAUCCUGGGCCCAGCUCUAUGGCAUUACCUUCUCCCACCCCUCCUGGACCUAGCCAUCCUGUCCACGGACCUCAGACAGAUACAAGUGAAGGGGCUCUGGGCCCAGCCAUUUGACCAUGGCCAUCUUCCAGCCAGUUCAGGCUGGCUGGAGUAUUUCCCAGCCAAUCAAAUCAGGGCCUUGAUGAGGGUUUUUCCUCCAGCCAGUCGGGACUGGGGUGGUUAUCUCUUGGCCAAUCAGGGAUUUGGGAUUCUGUAUGGUUUAAUCGGGUGUCAGGGGGUCUUUCUCGUCUAGUCAGGGUCUGAGCGUAGUCUAUCAGGGUAUAGGGGUCUUUCUGAGUCAAUCUGAAGCUUAGGACAUGUCUUUUCCCAUAAGGCUUUGCUUCAGAGCCCCAGGAAUGGGCCCCCAAAUCACUCCCUCCUUAGCUGGGACAAUGAGGUCCUGUCCUAAGGAUCUGGGGACUUGAUGUUGCCGCCACAGUUGCCAGAAUCAGAGAUACUGUGUGGGGGAGGAGCGGCCAGGAGGCCAGGCCAGAGAAUUCGUGGAGUUCCAGGAAUGGUAGGGAGGCCUAGGAGGUAGGAGGCGGUGUCCGGUUCCUGGUUUCUUCCUGAGUGACCUUGGACAGGCCCUCUUGUCUUUCUGGUAUGCUGUGAUGACAUCAUAUCUCCGUGUGCAGAGACCCUCACUCUCUGUUAUACUUCAGUGUAAAUUCCUCGGCUACCAUUCCUCACUGGGUGGGGGGGCACUCAGCUCCCUGGGGAUGGGGAGCCUGGGGUACCCUUCCCUGCCUCCUUCUGGAAACUUUAGGGUAUUUUUGUGCAAGUGCCCCAUGGCUGGGGGAGCUCUGACAGCAUUGGGGCAAACGUGAAGCUGUUUCUCUCGCCCCUCAAUCCAGCUGCCAUUUACUGGGCUACAAAGGCCAGGCCUCUCUUCCUGCCCUCUACAGGAGAGCGUCCCCGCUGCCCGAAGGAGCCUGUGGGCCGAGGAAGGGGUAUCCCAGCCACACCAGGGCUUCCUGAAGCCUUUGUCUGGAGAUGCUGAGGGCUUUGGAGAGAAGUACCUUCCCCCAGGUUUAGUGUGAGACUAGAGAUAGGGGCUGGGUUCUGUCCCCUGCCUAAGCACUUUAUUAAGGGCCGGACUAGGUGAGGUGUGGGUACCCCCCAUUCUUCCACAGCCUGCAAAGAGGCUGUGGACUGGGGUUUGGGGGAGACUGGCCAGCAGUGAGCCCUGCACACAGAGGUAAUGGGAGUGGGCGGUGACAGCCUCAGAUCUGGUUUUGUAAUGAUUUAUACAGAAAUAAACUCGCCUAAGCCCCAGCUCAA